CGAGGCAACAACAACUGCAGCGCACCCGGGACGUGUGGAAAUACGUCAUACAGGGUCAGGUGAGAUGGUGCACAAGCUCGUUUUCGCUGGUGCGAAGGUGCUGUGGAGCGACAAAAAGACGCAGUACCUCCUCAAGAACUAUAGGCAGUUGCAUGGCAUUGCGGAAGGGGGGACGACUGCGACGGAGACUCAGGACGCGGACUCCGAGCCGCUCGUUUGUGGGUACGAGGAGCUGCAACCACCAACCACUGCGGGGAUGGCACCACCGAAAACAGCUUCUCGAAAAGAGUCGGUCGCCGCUGCAGACGAGGGGCUUGCGGAAGGUUCAGGGUCGAACAUGAGGGUGGCAUCACUGCAGCAAACAUCAAUCAAGAGAUGGAUGGACAACGAUGCACAAAAGAAGCUGGAUAUUGCGUGGGCGGAGGCGAUGUUCCGCGUUGGCAUUGCGUUUAACUUCCUGAACUUUGACACGACGCAGAAGCUCCACGAAGUUUACUUGGAAGUGCGCCCUGUCAUGAACUUCUUGGCAGCGGGGGAGAAGGGUGCAGUUCUGGUGGCCACAAUGUCAAUGACGGCAAGGAAGAAAACAGCGCAGGCAUUGGCAAAGUUGUGGGAGCAGAUCAUGAGGGAGAUAGGAGUGCAUCGCAUCAACGCGAUCUGCACUGACAAUGCGGAGGUGAACAAGAAGGCUGCUCAGAUUCUGGAGCGCCGCACUGACAAGGACAUUGCACGGAUUCCAUGGGUUCCUUGCGCUGCGCAUUGUUGCAGCCUUUUGCUGCGAGACAUUAGCAAGCGAGACUGGGUGAAGAGCACUGUGAAGAGAGGCCACACGAUUGUGAAGUUCAUCCGGAACCACCACUCCACGAAUAGCCUGAUGAUGUCCAUGGACGAUUCCCUGACAUUGCUUCGUCCUACGGAAGUUCGGUUCGGGUCCGUGUACAUGAUGUUGGAGAGGCUUCUAAACAGGAAGGCAGUGUUGUCCGAUAUGGUGGAUCGGAAAAAUGCAGCACGGUGGACGGGGAUCCGUUGGUCCAAUGCGAAGGUGAAGUCGAAAGCGGACCUGGUUUACUUCACCAUGAGGAGAGACGGCUGGUGGACGGAGUUGAAGAAGGUGGUCGACGUCAUGGAACCGGCCAUUGCCAUCAAAGUGAUGGGCAUGUGGAGUACAGCAACCCCGACUGAGAAAAAUUGGUCGUCCAUGGACUUCGUGCAUUCCAAAAGGAGGAACAGCUUGAAGGCCGAAACAUUGGAGAAGCUGGUGUACAUCCAUUGGAACAUGCAACUGCUGCGUGCUGCCAACAACAACGGUGCCAACGGUGAGGGCUACGUCGAUUUGUGGAGUUCGUUCUUCGAGGCUAUUCCGGAGCCAGAUGAGAAUGAUGGAUCUGUCUUGAGGGGCCCUGAGGAAGAAACUGAGAAGACGGAUAAGGAGCUGGUGCGACAAAGUAGCUUCGUGAAGACACCGAAGGGAAGGAUUCCAAAGAAGCUCGAGGACGAAGAGGAUGAGUGCACUGACGAAAGUGACUUGGAUGAUGAGUUGUGGAAGGGGAAGUGUGGAUUGUCGGAUGAGACGAGCGGCGCGGAGGAGGAGGAUGAAAGUGAUUCCGAUUUUGAGCUGGGAGCCCAGCCAUCGGUCCCGGGCACUACUUAUGUUGGUAGGAGAGAGCCUGCAGGGCGUCGGAGGGAGAAGCAGCCCACGGUUUCCACACAGGCCCGGGGGGAAAUCUCCUCCCAAUACCAUCCUCAGUCUGACGUAGAGUUCCAUCACAUGGACACGGACAUCGAGUUGCUGCUGCAAAGUGGUCCGGUUGAUGAAGACCAGGCGGAGGCCGACCGUGCAAAGGCAUUAGCAGAUCGCGAUAGAGACGCCGUCCAAAAACGGAUCAUGGAAGAGGACGCCCAACGCGCAUCAAUCCCGACCCGGAGGGAGAUUGAGAGACACAAGAAGAAGGUUGGGGGAAAGGAACCGGAGACACGUCGGGCAUUGGGCACUGUGCAAGAGGGAGAUGAGGAAGAGCAACAGCAAAGUGGACCGGUUUUGAAGGUGGCGGACCAGCAAGAGGCGGAGCACCGCAAAGAGGUGGACCAGCAAGAGGCGGAGCACCGCAAAGAGGCGGAGGAGAAGGACCAGCAAGAGGACAAUGACGACAUGGACCACCUACAAGAGGCGGAGAAGGAGCACGGAGAAGAGGACGAGGAGAUGGAGCAGCAAGAAGAUGCGGAGGCCAUGGAACUGCAAGAAGAUGCGGAGGGCAUGGAACAACAGGACAUGCAGCACAAUGUGGAUGAUGAGGACAGUGAAGAGGAGCACCGGCCUGCAGUGAAGACUGUGUACACACGUAGGCAACGACCGGUUGUGUCCGCACAGUCUGUUGAGAACUCACCCGACUUCCCUCCAAGCAAUGAGGCUGUCCAACAUGACAACCUGUGGGUGGGCAGGGUGGGGAGGAAGAGGAAGGAACCGGUGGAGGAUGCUGCUGCAAAGCCUAAGCGUGCUCGUGGCAGGCCCCGCAAGCUGAAGACCGCUGAACCCGCGCAAGGCUCGCGCGGAGCUGGUGAAGAUGUGUUCAUCCGGCGACACAAGGACAAGCAAAACAAGAUGUUUCGAAGCCAGCUUCCAGGAACGUCUUUGGGAUUGCAGUGCCGGCCAGAAUGGAAGUACACAGGGACGGACACCAGAGCCGGAAAGCCGCUUUACAAAGGGCCUUGUACAGUUUGUGGUCGGGAGAGCACUGUGCCAUUCAAACCGGUGGUCAACGGUCAACCCCCCAGGUGUCGAAACUGUCUGCCAUUGCAUCUAGCGAUUAUGGGACAGGGGCAAAUGCAAUCUGCAGUGCAAGUGACGCUCCCGUCAAGCACACAGGCUGCGAUACCCGUGACGAUGGCAGCUGGUAUGAUGACUGGCCAGCAAUCAUCCUUGUUGAUGGAAGGUGCAACCAGCAACCAUGGGGUCGCGAAUCAGCAGCAGCACCAUUUGACAGAGUGAAGAGUAAGUGUUGAUUGGUACUCAGGAGCGCCUUUUUUUAAUGAGCUCUCACUGGGUUACGUAGAGUGUCGGGACUCAUUUUAGACAGAAAAACAAAUUCUUUUUCUCCCCUUCGUUUCGCUGGAUUUGUAAAACAGCGAGUAGAGGGCCUUUUCUCCAGCUUUCCUCCUCCUUUCUCUUUAUUGUUCUCCCCACUCUUCUAACAGUACAGAAACGUUUCUAACUCGGUAGCUGACCUCGUGAUCCAUCUGUCUGCCUAUGGUAGAGUUCAGUGGUGGUGACUUUUGAGAGUUUUGAACUUUUGAUCUGUUGAUCUCUAUUUCCGUUUUUAAAACGAGAUUCAGCCCGCUUCAAUGGAUUUAAAAUUGUUAAUUUAGUCUAUAACUAAUAUGGUGCUCUUCUCUACAAUCUAAUGAAGAUAAUCGUUCGUUUGAGCUGUUUUUUUAGCAAUCAAGCUCUGUAACGUUCCUCCUGGAGGCCCUGAUGAUUGGACCUAACCAGUUACACCCCAGUAGCCUUGUCGAUUGAUUUGCCUGCUGUUCAGCCAACAAAGCCCUCCUGGUGUUGUCAGUGGGCAGGUUGAAUUGGCACGUGAAAGCUGCCUGUUCAUUGACUGCUUACAUCGUGUAUACUGCAGAAGUCCGCUUCAGGGUCCUUACAACCUGAGCAUGUCUGGCAAGGGCCGGCUGCAGGGAGUGUGCAGGAGGCAGGUAAUCUGGAGGAAGAUAUUUUUUCUUGGAUAUCGGAUAUUAGUAUCCACCGUGCGAAAGGAAAAGGGGAGCAGGUGAUUAUGUGCUCACACAUGAAAGGGAACGAGACUUGAGGACGUCUUUGGAUGAGGUGGCCUCCAGAAGUGUGUCUGGAGACGUGCGGCAGACCACACAGCCGGCAAGUUCAGGGGGUCCUGGGGGAGGCCAGGUGACUGGCGAGACCGAGAGACAGUUAUUGCAAAUCUGAGAGAGAAACGAUAGCGCAGUGAGGAGUUUUGGCAGGCGUCUGAGUGGUGUAGUAUGUUUGACGCAGUGGCAUCGCAGUAUCUCCUGCCCGUGCACGGUGGUGACUGUUGGCGGGUCGCGGCAUUCAUGUCUACUGGGCUAGCUUGCAUUAAUCUCGAUCUUGGUCUGCAAACAGGCUUUGACGAGACAUCCCUUCUUGGAGUCUCGUGAGAGAGUUCACUGCAGCGGAGGAAGGGAGGAAGAGACUAGUGCAAGCGCCACGGUUUGCCAUCUCAGCAUCCAGGAGUUUCUGGCAAGCCGAGGAGAGCUGUGGUAUUAGUAGGCUGAGGAGGAGAGGGGAAAAGACCUGCAAGGGUGAGUCAGCGGAGAGAUGGAAGAGAGGAGAAGAGGGAUACUCAGCUGCACUGCCAUUGCCAUGUGUUGGCUUCUAUAGAUCCUUGCUUUGCCUUCUGCCAUGUUCUUGUUCCCACUGCCUUUUCCCGCUGGUUAUGCUGUUGUGGGAGUGCAGCCGAGUGCUGCGGCCAAGUCAGCAGCAGAGGGUACACCUUCAAUUGAUAUGUACAUUUGUGUUCAUGAGUCGUGAUUCUGCCCCGGAGAGAGGUGUUUAAAGUCUACUAGAAACAGACACGGAGAUCUUGCAUUGGUGUUUUGGGAGCGCUGGGCGUAUCCACCUGCCUGUUUUGGGGGUAUUCUUGUUCUUGAAUGGGUCUCCAUGCUUGCAACGUAGGGGCAUAUAUUGCCAGUUCUGGGGCAUUAUUGAACAGGAGUUUUCCUUUGGGGGAUUGAGGGAAAAACCUCAAGGUGAAUGAGAUCACGAAGAAAAAAUCAGACAGACAAGAAGACACAUCAUCUGAUGUCACCAAUCUGAUAAAAAAAGGUUUAAUUUAGCUGUGAGGUCACUGAUUACGAAGGCUUAUUGGUACGAAAGGGGAGCUGCAGAUUAUGGCCGAUGAUUGCUGCUCUCUGAUAUUGCUUUUAUAUUCAUUGAUAUUUAUUUUCUCCAGUGUACACCGACUUUGCAGUCUCAUUUACCUUUUCAGAGUGCCAGGAGAAGCCUCUGUGAACUAGACAGUUAGGGGAGGAGGAAGGAUCCUCCCUUUUUUUUUGAUUCCAGGGUUAAGGCGUUGUUGCCAGAUGCAAGAGAGCCAAUCUUCUGAAUGGGAAUUGAACACCCGACUUUCUGAAUGGGAAGCGAGCGCCUGAUCCGCUGUGGCAAGGAUGUCAAUUGUCUUUGCCUCUGUGCUGAAAUCGAAGAGGAGGAGAUCUGCUGUGCUACACACUUUUCUUGGCAUACCGAUUUUUGAAAACCCACACUUUGGUUUGUUUUGUGAGACUUGCAGGUUCCCUCUCGUUCUGUUCUUUUUGUGGCGCAAGCCGCGUAACGUCCGUGUUUUGUGUUAUUUCUCGAGCUUCUGGUCCUUUUUUUCUGAAGAUUUGUUCUUGGCAUAGGCUGUAGAGUUUUCUGGAAGUGUUUCAAUUCUUUGAUUUCCCUUUCAUAGGGUCUCUGGACUUUGAAUUUUCAAGAAGUGCUUUUGCCAUCCGAUUGCAGCGGAAGCAGCAGGAGCAGCAGGCGCAGCAGUGGUGACUGUGAACUCUCGUUUUCCCGAGCAUCAAACGUGCGAGUUUUGUUUCGAUGGCAUCGAGCGUUUGUUUUUUUGUGAGGAUUUCCUCAGUUUCUACUCCCUUUAAUCUUUACAAUUGAAUCAUUAGGAAGUUGAGACAGUUUCUCGUAGCAGAGUGUUGUUGUGUACACUUUUUGGGCAGAUUGAGUAGUGAGAAUUGAUACAAAGGAUCUGGUGAGGACAUUAAUUUAUUCAUAACUUUUGUGUAACAUCUAGGAUGGUGUACCAUGAUCAUCAUUUUAAGUUAACGAGGAGCUGUUGUGUAGGUGGACUGGAAAGGGAUAUGAUGGGAGGAUGGAGAAGUGGAAAUGGAGAGAAAGGAAGACGGGAUUUGGUAAUUAGCAGAUGGUUGUGCGGACAGGCGGGAGGGAGGACCGAGCUUCAAGAUAAUUGCAGGACUUGCACCGACUCAUCAAGAGGCUGAGCGCUCAACAACCUGCAGAAUCCUUAUAUUCAUGCUUUGGGCCAUGGACUCUUUGACCUUUGUUGAAAGUGGACGACACAAGUAGAACAUAGCAGCAAGGCAACAACUCAGUGAAGCACCAGGCAACGCUACGAGGGCAACCUAAGUGCACUGCGCCAAAGCCAACUGCAUGGAACAACAGUGCAAGCCGACAGGCAGCAACAGGGCAACGACGCACACAGCGGCGCUGCAACAACGGCCAAACUACGAAGCGCACAAGCAACAAACUGCACCGGAACGC